AUGAUGACGUGCCGUCUGCUGUGCGCCCUGUUGGUGCUCGCCCUGUGCUGCUGCCCGUCCGUGUGCACGGCAGAAACUCGGGCGGAUGUUAAUCAAGAUAAAGAUUCUUCCCAGACCACCACGACGACGUCUACGACGAAGACAGCGGAUAACAAAAAGGUUAUUGUUCAACCUGAUGGAAAAGGUUCUAGUUCAUCUUCCUCCGUUGCAGAGGGACUACAAGGGAAGGAUCAGUCAGGGUCAUCAGUUUUGGGCCCCGUUGAGGACGAGGGAACGAAAGCCGGAGACGGUCCAGCUGCGGCCACUCCGGAAAAGCAAUCAAACGACCCGAACAAUGUGGUACAUACCGAAGGUAAGAAAAGCACGACAGAGUCACAAAGUGGUACGAGCAGUUCCACGGAAAAGGAAGAUAAUAAAGCCGAAGAUGCUCCCACAACGACGAUGACCACCACAACCAAUACAACAACGACGACGACCACUGCGCCAGUGGCACCAAGUACUACAACUACAGAGGCGCCAACCACGACUACAGAGGCGCCAACUACGACGACCACCCGCGCACCGUCACGUCUUCGUGAAAUCGACGGCAGCCUCAGCAGCUCUGCGUGGGUGUUUGCCCCGCUGCUGCUCGCCGUAUCCGCGCUGGCGUACACCACUCUGGGCUAA